AACUUGCCGGAACUUGUGACUCGAUGUUGUCCUGAUGUUGUCAGGAUGUGAUCGACAAACACCGAAUAUUGUGAUAGCUGAUGAUUUUUAACCGAUAACGGCCGCUGCUUUUGUACCCCAUGAGCCGGACAAAGGUGAACCAGGUGGUUUCUCCGAAGAUUGGGUACUUUUUCGGGGGCCUGGCGGAAGGACGCAGUGAAGCUAACGACAGUAGCCACCAUGUCGCGGGAAGCGCCGCCGUGUUUCGUGGCCUCGCCUCUGGUCGCGCUGUGAUCCCGGAACAAUCGCGGUAACGUCGCCUUCAGCGAGCUGUGAGCGUAAUAAAACACUUUGAGUUCCUGCGAGCUAUGGCAGACAGCUUCGGAGAGGAGCCCACUUUGGCUAACUCCCUGCCUGGAGGACUGUCGACAACCAGCGGUGCUCACGCCAGCUCCAGCCCGGCCUCCCCGCCUCCUGCCGCGGCUGCGCACAGUGGCCUAACGGCGCUGGUGGCUCCGAUGUCCGCUGUUACCGCGAACACAGCUGUGUUCGGGGACACGUUCAGCCCGGGUUUGUCUCCUCCAGUGGUGGCGGUGCCUCCGACUGUGCACGCCUCCUCGCCUCUCCCGGCUGUCGGGCUGGGGGUGGCCGGAGCGAGCCUCCUGUCUCAGAUCCACGCCACGUCCUGGGACCCGACCCUCAGCACGGACUGGGACAACGAGAAGGCUUCGCAGCAGUGCAUACUGAGGAUCAAGAGGGACAUCAUGUCCAUCUACAAGGAACCUCCUCCCGGAAUGUUUGUGGUUCCAGACCCUCAUGAUAUGACCAAGAUCCACGCUUUGAUCACGGGGCCAUUCGACACACCAUACGAGGGUGGCUUUUUCCUCUUCCUGUUCCGCUGCCCACCUGAUUACCCCAUACACCCGCCAAGAGUGAAGCUCAUCACCACCGGACACAACACUGUCCGCUUCAACCCAAACUUUUACCGCAACGGAAAAGUCUGCCUUAGCAUCCUUGGCACGUGGACGGGACCAGCAUGGAGUCCAGCCCAGAGCAUCUCCUCUGUCCUCAUCUCCAUACAGUCUCUGAUGACGGAAAACCCGUAUCACAAUGAACCCGGAUUUGAACAGGAGCGCCACCCUGGCGACAGUAAGAACUAUAAUGAGUGUAUCCGCCAUGAAACCAUGAGAGUGGCAGUGUGCGACAUGCUGGAGGGCAAAGUUCCCUGUCCUGAAGCUCUGUGGAGUGUGAUGGAAAAGUCCUUCCUGGAAUACUAUGAUUUCUACGAAGGAGUCUGUAAAGAGAGGCUGCACCUGCAGGGACAAAACAUGCAGGACCCCUUUGGUGAGAAGCGUGGUCGUUUUGACUACCAGGGUCUGCUGGCUCGCCUCGGCGCCACCCACAGGCGAAUACGGGAGAAAAGCCUUGCAGAAGACAACCACAACGAGGACGAUUCAGACUCAGACACCAGCUCCUCAGGGACGGACCCGGACAGCCAGGGCAGCUCCCAGCCCUGACCUCCCGGGUCCUGCUGGACUCUAACCCUGGCCAAGGACAAACAGUGGACCUGAAAAUGGACAAAGGGGCCUUUUUUUUUUUUGUUUUUCUUCCUCACAUUGACAGUGGAGGCAGAGGAGAAUGCUCAGAUUCUAGGCUUUAGGAUCAGCUCAAAGGCUAACCAGCAGUAAUUUUGAUGUCCUGUCCCGAUUACUGUUGAAGCGCUUGAUCAGUUUUGAAACUAACCAGCUAUUGUUUCUUGUAGAUGUAAAGUUAGUUUCUCAGAGGACAGAAGAAGAGAUGCCCAGUGACACUGACAACUAGUCUUUCUGGUUCAAUGAGAAUUUUUUUUAACUAUAUUUUUCUCGGUAAAAAAAAAAAAAAAAGAUGAUUUAUGGGUCAUACCUAAAGAGAGCCAGCAUCUCCACCUGACCAAAGUCCAAGAGGGUCGGACCACAGAAAGGAGUUGGAUUCUGGAAUGGGGCCUAAUUGAUUCAGAAAGUGUGUGAAUUGAAAUCAACUCUGACUUUAUAGACAGAUUCAGGUCUUUUAAAAAAAAAAAAUGAAUAAGUUGCAUAUGUUUAAGAUACAAUAUUGAGGUGCAGAUUCAAAUAAUAAAAUUCUGAU